CCUAGUGGCACACGGGAAAAUGUUCGUGGAGAACUUCCGCCACGGCUUCCAUGGGCCACUUAUUGUCUUGGUGGUCCGGACUGGUGUCCGGAUGAGACUGUGCCUAAAGUUGCAUCGGCCUGCACAGUUGGAGUCACCUGAACACUGCCGUGGGAACUCAACCACCGUCAAGUCCGCCCUUGGUCGAGCGAGGACGACAGCAUGACUUCUAAGAGGUUAAAAGGGCUCCCAGUACUAUCCCUGCUACUCUGGGUGUGUGCAGUGUAUUCUGUGGGACUUUACCUGUUUAUGGGGGGAUUUCUGCUGGUUCGGCUGGAGGUGAACCGCACCAGUACCUGCGGAGAUGUGCUGGAACCCAGGGGAGAGUCGAGAGACUUUUGUGGGCUACAGCCACGUUUCCGCAGGGCUGUCCUGGUCAUCAUUGACGCCUUGAUGAUUGACUUCGCCCGUUUUGACGCUAACAACACUUCUCCAAAGCCCUUUGAGAACAAGCUGGGUGUGUUUGAGGAGACUGCCUCAUCAAGGCCUGCCCAUUGUCGAUUGUACCCAUUUCGUGCUGACCCACCAACGACCACCAUGCAGCGGAUCAAGGGAUUUACUACUGGAUCUUUACCAACCUUUGUGGAUAUCAGUAAUAACUUUGCAUCUAGUGCCAUCACGGAGGAUAAUCUCAUCCACCAGUUUGGUCAAGUGGGAAAACGAGUGGUAUUCAUGGGGGAUGACACUUGGGAAAGUCUUUUCCCAAAGAAAUUUUACCGUUCUCUGCCCUUCCCUUCUUUCAAUUUGAAAGACCUACACACUGUGGACAACGGGAUCCUCCAAAAUCUCUACACAACUAUGGUGGGUGACGAUUGGGAUGUACUGGUUGCUCAUUUUCUCGGGGUAGACCACUGUGGGCACACGUUUGGUCCUGACCACCCGGCGAUGGCUGACAAGCUCAUCCAGAUGGAUGGUGUCGUCAGAUCUGUGAUUGAGCAUGUACAGAAUGACACGCUUUUGGUGGUGAUGGGAGAUCAUGGGAUGACAGACACUGGCGAUCAUGGAGGAGAAAGUCAGAAGGAGACAGAUGCAACCCUUUUCCUUUACAGUUCUGUCCCAUUCUUUCCCACACCCCCGUUGCAGACUGAGCCAAAUGUGGUUCCCCAGACAGACUUGGUUCCCACCCUGGCCCUCCUGCUUGGAGUGCCUAUUCCAUACAGCAAUGUGGGCCAAGUUCUCUUGUCUUUGUUCCCUCCACAUGGCCCUGCUCAAGAUGCAGUUGCGGGUCCCAGCCAGCUAGAAGCGCUGUGGAUCAAUGCAAAACAGGUAAACCGUUUCCUGGAGACAUACUCUUUUAUGGCCAAAGAUAUACCACCUGAGACUGUGGCUCUGCUCAAAGAUCAGUUUGUGAACCUCUCUUCUCAAUAUCUCACAUUCAUCAAAGAUGGACACUCAUCCUCUCCUGAGCUGUCGGUCGCACUACAGGCCUACCUCACCUCUGUCCGAGACACAUGCCAAGCCACCUGGGCGCGCUUCAACCCGCUUAAAAUGACAGCUGGUUUAAUCAUCUUGGCACUUGCCUGCCUGAUGUGUUUCACCGUGUCCGAAAUGUCAUUUGCGCUUGUCAGAGAGCAUAAUUUCCGACUGAAGGCAGGUGCUUUAGCAGCGUUGAUUGUUGGGGUUUCUGUGGCUGCUGGUCAACUACUCUCAUGGGGCUACAUUGAGUUAGCAUGGUGCAUGGCUGCUACCACUUUCACUUCUGAGCUCUUCUUCCUGUGCCAGUUGUAUCAUUCCAAGACAUCCAGUGUGGUUAAAAAUGGAGCUAAAGUCCCAAAGAGUGCAAGUUGGAGCACCCCACAUUAUCUUCUCUCUCCUCCACUUUUGGUGACAUUUUUACGAUGUGCUUCUUUGCUCUCUGAUAGUUAUGUGAUGGCUGAGGGUCGGGUAGUCACCUUUCUGUUGUUCUCCCUGGCUCUCUGCAUUCCCCUCCGUCUCAAUUGGGAUGGCCUCCUCCUGCCUGCCAGCCAAGACAUUUUGAAGCCUGCAUUGCUGCUGCCUUCACCUGCAUUGCCCCCAUCCACAGCGAAGAAAGAAAGCACCACUCUCAUCGCCUUCUUCGCUCUUCUGGUUGGAAGUCUCUACUUGUCCCUAUUCUUCCAUAGCUGUCGAGAGGGGCAGCAUAACUGUCAGCCAUCCCCCUUCCUUACGUCCCUCGCUCGGGUGAAGGACAAUCAGCUGAAGAACAUUUACUACAUACUUUCAAUUUUAUCCCUUGCCGUGUGGACAUAUUUGUUGAGAAGAUGUCUCCGCUACUAUGGGAAUCUAAACUCAUCAGGUGCUACAGUAUUCACAGCGCGCUGGAUCCUACCCCUGCUUUCCGUGUGUGUGGGGCUCCACUGGGCUGUUAGUGCCUCUCCACAGGACAGCUUCAGGAAUCUGGCUGAACUGAUCAAAUUAGCCCAGCUGGCCUUCCCCAGGGCUGCCUAUUGUCUCCUGGGACUGGGACUGGGCUUGAUCUGGCUGGAUCCACUCACUGUGUUUGUGAAAAUCAGGCCUGCAAGUAUGACCAAGACUUUGUCUAUGGCACCACCACGCUACCGAGCAAGCACCAGUAUCAGCCCCCAAGCUGAGCUUCACCACCUCAUCCCCCAAAUCUACCAGCGCAUGCGCCGCUCACUCGAUGAUGACACGAGCGGGGGCGCUGAAGUGGACAACAGACCUGCUGUGGAAGCCUACGGGCUAGGAACAGUCUACUCUGCCCCACUCCUUAUGUUCUGUGGGCUGCUGGGAUUAGGCCUCCUGCAACUGCAUCCAGAGGGGAUGGCUCUGUCUUUCCUCCUGCUCCUGUUUGAAAUGGGGGCUCUGCUGUACAUUCACGCAUCCUCCACAAUCCUUUGUGACCUGCACAAAGUACAUUCAGGUGGCUUCAAUGUGCCCUGGACUCCUGUUGUCCUGUGGUCCCUGGCAGCCACCCAGUUCUUCCAUGCAACAGGUCAUCUGCCCACCUUCACUUCCAUUCAUUGGGGAGCAGCCUUUGUGGGAUUCCCCGACGGGCACACAGGCACCCUACUGCCAGCAUCGUUGGUUAUCCUCAACACCUUUGCGUCACACAUCCUUUUUGCAGUGGGAUGUCCGUUGCUGCUGUUUUGGCCCCUGGUGUGUGAGGUCCGUGGAAACAAGGGGGAGAAAGCUGUUGGGGAGGGAGGAGAGGAUGGUGUGAUGGAAAUGAGACUGAGGGAAAAGCCUCAAUGCUUCAGUGUGGCUCUCCUUCAACUCUCAACACGGUACCUCUUUAUUCAAGGAGUGCAGGUCUUCGCUUCCGUGUGUGCAGCUGCUAUCCUCAGGAGACACCUAAUGGUGUGGUGGGUUUUCGCACCCAAGUUGAUGUUUGAGGCCUCAGGGUUCCUGAUGAGCAGUAUGUGUUUGCUGCUCAGUGUCUCAUUAGUGCUUAGAGUCGACGUGGCUGUUGGACAUUUUUUCAAGAGACUCAUCCCUGAUUCAUCCAGGUAGCAACGGUCACACUGCUGCUUUACCAGUGCAGCCCACUAGAGCACACUGUGCCAUUAAAAUAAUCGAGAAGGUGGUUAAGUUCUGAUGACACUUCAUAUCCAGAGUGAUGACUCAACCUCAAGACUGUUCAAAAGCCUCAAUAGCAGACAAUAAGUCAGCCUUUUUUUUUUUUAAAUGUGCAUGUCACAUCUGGGACAUUUUUUUUACAUGUAUAGAACACCUCCACAUUUAAUAAGGUAAUAAUGUCAGAACUUUCCAAAUGUUUGUUUCCUUCAUAUAUAUAUAUAUAUAUAUAUAUAUAUAUAUAUAUAUAUAUAUCCCCCCUCCUCCAAGCAAUAUUGUGCCUAAUUGUGCAAUAAUUGGAUAAAUAACAACAAUCACACUAAUCUAAGCCUCUCACAAAUGCCUCAGCGAUUGAAUAUAUUAACACUUCAUAAUUGGCUGAUUUACACUAAUACAGUGGGUACAUAAAGUACUCAAAUGGCGUUAAAUUUUAUAACUGUGAUAUUGCAGCCAUUUCCUGAAAUAAUUUUUUUCUCCCUCAUCAAUGUACAUGCGGCACCCCAUAUAGACUGAAAAACUCUGAAUUGUUGAAAUGUUUACCAUUUUGACUGAUUUUUGAAGGCCUCAAGAAAAUUUUGUUCUGGAGCUAUAUAAACAUGGAACCUACCAAAAGAAAGAUUUUACCCACUUCUUUCAUCAGGAAAAAUAUAUUUUUUCCUUUUACCAUUCUUUAGUGAACAUCAAUUAAACAUUAGUGUCUUGAAAAUACAAAUUUCCAAGAAAAACUGAGCAAAAAAAAUAAGAUACUCAAAUAUCGAAACAAUACUUUCCUAAUAUACAAGAGAACACAAAAAGGGUACUUUCAUUCCAAAAUAAGUUUAUUGCAAGAAAAAUUGCACUGUUACAUGAACAUUUCAGGAACUCUGUUUGCAUGUUCACAUUGACCCUUCUAAAAGUCCUUUUUUUAUGUGGUAAAUGUGAAAGCAGUCUCCUUUGCAAGAGCACUCAACAGUAGACACACCACAUCGUUGUCUCACUGUGCUUUCCCUGAUACAGAACGGCUCUGCAUUUUCUCUGUAGCCCCCCCAUAGGCUUGACAUAUUCAGUCUUGUGCUUGCUCAGCUGUCUGUCCAACCUACUUGCAGGGUCUUCACUGUACACUGACUGAGUUUGGUGCUGUAGAUCAGCCACACCCUUAUGUGCUGUAGUCCAGUUUUUCUUCUACCCCUAUUACAAACUUUGAGAGGGGUAGACUUUUACAUGGGAUUUUCAGUUUGUAAAGAACAUAGGCAUUGAACAUACAGAUUUGAAAAAAAAUUGGGAACAAACCUUUUCAUCUAGUUUUGUGAUCUUCUCGUAAACAGGUAAUAGGCAAUCUUCACGUGAAGUCCAUAAACUCCAUUAAUGUGCAUGUUGUAUUCCACAACGCACUGUGGCUUGGAAACAGCCCCCACCCCCCACCCCAUAUGUCCACUUUUUGCAUUCUCUUUGUGUUUUGAGUUUUACAAUGUGUUUGUCCUUCCAUGCAAUAACCAUUACACUGCCAUAAUUAUAGACAACCUAUCCUUCAGCCCCCAAAGCACGUUUUGUUGCCUUUUUAAUUCCCCGAGGUUCACCUUUGUUCUUCCUCGGUGUCCUGACCACUUUGGUGUCUUUUUCAAGUAGCUGCUCACAGACUAACUGUAUAAAAGUUGUGAUGAGCAGUGCCUGUUUUUUUCCCCACUCCAUAUUACUUAGAAUAAAGGUCAAGAAUUUAUAACUUGGUCUCAUCACACCAGAGAAUCGCAUUUCUCACCACCUUAGAGUACUUCAUGUGUUUUCAAGCAAGCUCAUAUGUCUUGCACUGCGGAGAGGCUUCGAUCGCGCCACUCUGCCAUAAAGCCAACUGGUGGAGGGCUACAAUGAUGGUUGACUUUCUAGAAUUUUCUCUCAUUUCCGGACUGCAUCUCUGGAGCUCACCCCUAGUCAUCUUUAAGUUCUUAUUUACCUCUUACCAAGGUCUUCUUCCCCGAUUGCUCAGUUUGACGAGAUGGCCAGCACUAGGAAGUGUGCUGGUCAUCCCAAAUGUCUUCCAUUUAUAGAUUGUGCAGACCACUGUGGUCGUAGGAGCCUUAUAUGCAGCAGGUUAUAAUAUAGAUAUUUUUUGUAAUGUCGGUCAGAUAUGUAGCUUGCCACAAUUCUGUUUCUGAGAUCUUCAGGCAAUUCCUCUGACCUGAUUAUUCUCAUUGGCUCUGACAUGCACUGUGAACUGUAAGAUUUUAUAUAGACAGGGGUGUUGUUCUCAUAAUCAAGUCCAAUCAGUAAACACAAAUAGCUGGAGUCAAAUGAAGGCGUCGAACCAUCGCAAGGAUGAUCAGAAGAAAUGGGCAUCACCCAAGUUAAAUAUAUGAAUGAUGCAUAUAACAGCAAAGCGUCUCAGUGCUUGUGGCUGUAUGAAACUUCAGUUUUUUCUUUUUAAUACCUGGUCAAAUAUGUCAACUUGUUUUUUUUUGUUUUGUUUUGUUUUUAAAGUCAAUAUGGUGUGAUGUGUUUACAUUCAGGGGAAAAAUAGCAAAUGGCUGCACUAUAAGUAAAAAGUUCAAAGGUGUGUGAAUACUUUCUGUAUCCACUGUAUCUAACAGAGUGUCCGACUUGAAGUUACAUUUUCUGAUAAAUGUACUUGGUAUAUGACAUAGACCCCCCCCCUUUUGGUCAUUUAAAGUUAGUCACCUAUUACUGUGGCCAUAGAAUGUGUCACUUGAGCCAUAAGUGUGUCUCGGGGAGUCUCUUUUUGUGGUCAUCGGAAAGAGCUCUCUUUUGUGUGUGUGUGUGUGUGUGUGUGUGUGUGUGUGUGUGUGUGUGUGUGUGUGCAUUUAAGAUAACACAGAAGUGUCUGUUCACUGCCUUUUUAAACCUUUAUUUGAAUCUCAUGAGGUCAUUGAUGGCAAGCCCUCAUUUUUAAUGAUUUCGAGAGGACAUGGGAAACGAUUAAAGAUCUUAAGAAAAAAAUCUUAAAGUCUUAUGGAGGAAGUAUGCUUACUGUCUUAGGAGGUAUUUGUGUGUGUUUCGGCUAAUGAAUGUGCCAUAUUUAAUGUUGAUUUUUUUCACUUCUAUUUAUCACGUAAUAUUUUUACUAAUCAUAACUUAUAAUGUACAAAUUUCAAAUUAAAUAUAUUUUGAUGAUGACUUCA